UGCAAAGUUAUUGUAAUUGUUGCCCCCAGAUCCCAUCGCACUCGAAACUUGUAACACGCCGGCCAAGAUGCCGAGUCUGAGUCUCUUCACCAACGUCCCGGUCGACGCCGUUGUAGCUUCUGACAUUCUCAAAGACGCUACUAAAGCGGUUGGAAGAAUCAUGGGGAAACCCGAGUCCUAUGUGGUGAUCUUGCUGAACGGAAGUGUGCCCAUCGCAUUUUCAGGCACCGAAGCACCUGCUGCCUACGGUGAAUUGAUGUCUAUAGGAGGACUUGGGCCUAGCGUUAAUGGAAAACUCAGCUCCACCAUUGCUGAAAUUCUGCAAAAAAAACUUUACAUCGAUGCCUCUCGUUUCUACAUCAAAUUUUACGAUGUUCAGGAAGUCAUCAACCGGUUAGGGACCAACGAAAGAAUGUGAGGUGCAAAGUUGAGAUUGUUCCGUGAAGACCGGUGAAAGGUGGGAUUAUUGGUGUCAAUUUUUCAUACACUUUAUUGUUCUCAAUUACAUUGUUUCUUUGUAUUCCUGUAUUUUUAGAUUUAGUUAUGUAAUCAGGCCAACUGUGUAUUUGGGCCCAGAAGUCUUUUGUAAUCCACAGGCGUAACCUUCAGAUGUUAUAUAUUUGGAGGCAACUUCUGUAAUCCAAUACGGAAGACAGAGAGCCACCGUUUCCUAGUUGAGUAUUGAAUCUUUGUAUUGUAACUUAUCGUUCAUCCUUCUUGUAUUCAAUACACUAUUAUUGCUCUUGUCUACUCUUC